AUGGCGGAAAGCUCCCCGCCUAGGGACUCAAAGAAGGGGAAGGCUAUAGUCCUCCGGGAGGAGCCCCGGGUGGAACCUGAUGAGCAAAUGUCCUUCUCUUUAAGGUUUGAUGGAUUAUCGAAUGGGUCCAUCACUUGUUUCCAUGAUUUUAAAACUGUCUUCCUGCGCCACUUCGCCGGCAGUCAGAAGUACCAGAAGAUAGACCACUGUCUCUUUGCCCUCAAGCAAGGGGCAGCCAAACCCUUGCGAAGUUAUAUUAAGCGCUUCAACCAGGUGGCCCAGGACGUCCCCUCUGCUACAUAUGAAAUACUGAUAAGCGCCUUCUCUCAUAGAUUAGUAGAGGGGGAGUUCUUCCUAGAUCUCAUCCGAGACUCCAUGAAGAAUUUCAAUGAGAUGCUUGGAAAGACCGCCAACUAUAUCAACGUGGAAGAGGUUUAG